AUGGCGGAAAACUUUGCAGCAAAACAGGCCGAAAAGGUCCUUGGACACGAUCAACAGAGUACCGUAACGCAAGCUGAUAUCUCCAAUCCGGAUCGUGAUGGAGGAAAGUACGCGGACCCGUCUGGCGAGAAGAUGAAGGCGCUGGUGUGGAUGGGAAAGAACGACGUGCGUGUUCAGGACGUCAGCAAGCCCAAGCUCAUUGAGGACCACGAUGUGCUUGUACGUGUCACCGGCUCCACUGUCUGCGGAAGCGACGUGCAUCUCCUGCACGGCGUCAUCAUCCAGACGGAGAAGGGUGAUAUCCUCGGCCACGAAUUCUGUGGCGUCGUCGAGCAAGUUGGGUCUAAAGUUACUGAGCGAAAAGUUGGAGAUCGCGUUGUGAAUAGCUUCGUUGUCUCGUGCGGUGAGUGUAGGUUUUGCAAGCAGAAUCUUACGACGGCUUGCGAUAAGACGAAUGCGUCUACCGUCCAUCAGAUGCUGUAUGGCGAGAAGAUGGGGGGCAUAUUUGGGUAUUCGCAUUUUGUGGGCGGAUAUGCCGGUGGACAGGCGGAGUAUGUUAGGGUGCCGUUUGGCGAUCAGAAUCUUUUGAAGUUGCCGGACAGUGUUCCUUUUGAGAAGGGUCUUUAUCUUUCUGACGUACUUCCGACAUCCUACCACAGCGUGUGUGACACUGGCGUCUUUGAAGGUGACAGUGUUGCUAUCUGGGGUCUUGGACCUAUCGGCCUCAUGGCAUGUGUAUGGGCGUUUAAGAAGGGCGCGAAGCGUGUCAUUGGCAUUGACAACAAUUGGCGCACUGAGUUUGCAAAGAAAAAGAUCCCGGGACUGGAGACAAUCAACUACGAAGAGCUCAAGAAGCAGUCCAUUCCUGCCAAGAUCCAUGAGAUGGUCCCUGGAGGUGUCGACGCUUGUAUCGAGGCUAGCGGCGGAGAGUAUGCAAAGACUUGGACACACAAGCUUGAAUUGAUGUCUGGAAUGGAGCAGGACACGUCCGAGAUGAUCAACGAGUGCAUUUACUCAACCAGGAAGUUUGGCCGAGUUGGUAUCAUUGGAGAUUACGUUGGAUUUACGAACCACUUCAACAUUGGUGCGGUUAUGGAACGCGGCAUUCGACUGAUUGGAUGCGGACAGUGUCCAGUUCAGAAAUAUUGGAAGGAAAUUCUCGAAAUGCUGGAAAAGGACGAGGUCGAUCCGACAUUCAUGGUGACCCAUCGCCUCAAAAUUGAGGACAUUGCGAAGGCCUACUAUCUGCAGGAGAAGCGCCAGGAUGGCUUACUAAAGUGUUUCGUUGAAACGAAGUUCUCGGAGCCGCGGGCUGCUGGCACCCCAGAGCUGAAGGAACUUUAA